UUGCCCUCGCCUCUACUUAUAGAGGGGUAGCCAAAUGCUGCGACGCACAUCAACCACACUGCUCUCACUCUGCACUCCAAGACCAACAAGAGAGGCUGCCAUCAAGCAGCAGGAGGAGGAGGAGAGCAAGGCCUCGUCGUCGUCGUCGCCAUGUCUCUGCUCGCCGAUCUCAUCAACCUUGACCUGUCGGGCAGCACCGAGAAGAUCAUCGCCGAGUACAUAUGGGUUGGCGGUUCUGGGAUGGAUGUGAGGAGCAAAGCUAGGACAUUGUCUGGACCUGUUGAUGACCCAAGCAAGCUUCCGAAAUGGAAUUUUGAUGGCUCCAGCACAGGCCAAGCCACGGGUGACGACAGUGAGGUCAUCCUUUGUCCUCAAGCCAUCUUCAGGGACCCGUUCAGGAGGGGGAAGAACAUCCUUGUUAUCUGUGACUGCUAUGCACCGAACGGAGAACCGAUUCCGACCAACAAGCGGCACGGCGCAGCCAAGAUAUUCAGCCACCCUGAUGUCAAGGGUGAAGAACCAUGGUUUGGGAUUGAGCAAGAGUACACCCUUCUUCAGAAGGACAACAACUGGCCUCUUGGGUGGCCACUAGGUGGCUACCCUGGUCCUCAGGGACCGUACUACUGCGCCGCCGGAGCUGACAAAUCUUAUGGCCGGGACAUCGUAGACGCGCACUACAAGGCCUGCCUCUACGCCGGCAUCAACAUCAGUGGGAUCAACGGAGAAGUCAUGCCCGGGCAGUGGGAGUUCCAGGUUGGCCCGGCCGUCGGCAUCUCGGCCGGCGACGAGCUCUGGGUGGCUCGCUACAUUCUCGAGAGGAUCACUGAGAUUGCUGGUGUGGUCGUCUCCUUCGACCCCAAGCCAAUUCCGGGAGACUGGAACGGUGCUGGUGCUCACACUAACUACAGCACCAAGUCGAUGAGGAGCGACGGCGGGUACGAGGUGAUCAAGAAGGCGAUCAAGAAGCUGGGCAUGCGGCACCAGGAGCACAUCGCCGCGUACGGGGACGGCAACGAGCGCCGCCUCACCGGCCGCCACGAGACCGCCGACAUCAACACCUUCAUCUGGGGUGUCGCGAACCGCGGGGCGUCGGUGCGAGUCGGCCGCGACACCGAGAAGGAAGGCAAAGGCUACUUCGAGGACCGGAGGCCGGCGUCCAACAUGGAUCCCUACGUGGUCACCUCGCUGAUCGCGGAGACCAGCAUCCUGUAGAACCCCAACCACUCCAACGGCGUCGCGGCUCCCUGAAUCUUGUGCGCAGUUUCUUAAGGGGACUUGUGUUGCAGGAAUGGCAAAUCAGACUGACGCUCUAAGAGACUUUCAGAUGACAAUAACAACUGCGGUGUGCUCGUUUGUGUGCCUGUGAUACCUGAAUUGCGACGUGUUGAUUCUGGUCUCUUUAUCGGCUUACCUUUGGCACUGAAACUGAGCCUGGCCCGAGAGCUCUCUUGGUGGUAUAGAUCAGGGAUAAAUCUGCUGUAUCACUCGUCGAUAGAAAUCGACAGGUCUCAGAUGUAGUGUGUGUGAGCCGUGCUGCAGGGAUGGCAAAUGAGACUGGCGCUGUCAGAGACUUCAGGUGACAAUAAUAACUGCAGUGUGCUCGUCCUCGCAGCUCGCUGUGUGCUUGUGAUCGCUGGUGCGUGUCAUGUUGACGUUGGUUGUGGGCUUCUGGGUUCUGUUCAUCAGCUUAUUUUUGAGCAGGAAGCCUGGAACUACGACGGGGCCGUGAGCUUGAGCCUUGGUGGUACAGAUCAGGGAUUGUCUGGUUUAUGCCACCUUCAUCA